AUGGUCACCCCAUCCCGGGGUUCCCAGCAGCUCUCGGACUGGGAGCUGGUCCUGGAGAUCAACAACGUCUCCUCCAACCUCAACCACAAAGAGCUGACGUGCCGGGCGGAGAACGCGGCCGGGCCGGCGGAGGACAGCGUGACGCUGAAUGUCACCUUUCCCCCCACCAUCCUUCACCUGCAAGAAGCCAUCCCGCAGCACUUCUGGCCCCACGGCCCCGACGCCAAGAUGCUGGAGCAGGGGCAGGAGCGGCGGCGCGGGCAGCUGACGCUGGGCCACAUGCUGCAGAUCGCCACGCAGAUCGCAUCGGGCAUGGUCUACCUCGCCUCCCUCCACUUCGUCCACCGCGACCUGGCCACCCGCAACUGCCUGGUGGGUCACGAGCUGGUGGUGAAGAUCGGGGACUUCGGCAUGUCCCGGGACAUCUACAGCACCGAUUAUUACCGGGUGGGGGGCAGGACGCUGCUGCCCAUCCGCUGGAUGCCCCCCGAGAGCAUCCUCUACCGUAAAUUCACCACUGAGAGCGAUAUCUGGAGCUUUGGCGUGGUGCUCUGGGAGAUCUUCACCUACGGGAAGCAGCCCUGGUACCAGCUCUCCAACACCGAGGCCAUCGAGUGCAUCACGCAGGGACGGGAGCUGGAGCGUCCCCGCACGUGUCCCUCCGAG